AGGGACUCGGAUAUGAAGGAGCUCAUUGUUCAACUUCAUAAUGAGGUUCGAAGUAAGAUCGCUAGAGGGGGUUGCAAUCAGCCUAAAGCUGGAUGUAUGGGACCUGUGGUGUGGGAUGAUGAACUAGCAAGAGUUGCUCAGAAGUGGGCAGAUCAAUGCGCAGAUGUAGAUUACAAGGAGGAUUAUAAACGACAAGAUCCAAGCUUAUUCCAUGAUCCCCAUCCCAACAGAAAAGUGUUUUCCUUCAGUGAUUGGAGGGGAGUUGGACAAAACGUGGCCAGAGAUAUAUCAAGAGGAGUCACUGGAAAAUUCAAUGCAACAAGUCUAAUUGGGCACUGGUUUAGACAGAUCAGACUUUUUGAUCCGGAGGGAGUAAAGGCAUUCGGAUCCGGGAAUCAGUGUGGAACAGGAGUUGGAUAUUAUACUCAGCUAGUCUGGGAGAAUACUACUCACGUUGGCUGCGGUUGGUCACAAUUUCAGUAUAGAGGGUUCCCGGGUUACUUUGAGAACUUCCUUGUGUGCAACUAUGGACCUGCAGCAAAUAUCUGGAAGGAUCCUGUAUAUACUGUUGCUAACUCUACCUGUGAUUGUCCUUGUGUUGACUGUGAUCAGGCUGCUGGGAUGUGUCCCGCUAACCCAAGAUAUGGGAGCUGGUCCUCGUGGGGCUCUUGGGGGCGCUGCUCCAGAAGUUGUGGAGGUGGGGAGCGGGACAGAAAAAGGGCAUGUACUGCUCCAUCUGUAGACGGUACAGUACGCGAACCCUGUCCACUAUGCAAGGGAGAAGGUGCACAAGCUGAGAAGUGUAAUGUAAAAAAAUGUCCGAUUUGGACCAAAUGGACUCCUUGGUCUGAUUGUUCAGUAAGUUGUGGAACUGGAGAACGAACACGGCACAGGGUUUGCGGAGAAGGAGAAGAAGAUAAAGGGGCAUGUCCAGGGGAGAGUAUUGAGUAUGAUGAGUGUAGUCCUGGUCCAUGUCCUGCAUGGACUGCUUGGACUGCUUGGACCGGAUGUAGUCGAAGUUGUGGUGGUGGUAGGAGGAAGAGGUUGCGUGAAUGUGGCGUAGAAAGGACGGCAGAUUGCACAGGACCAAACCAAGAAGAACAGGACUGUAAUACACAGAAAUGUCCUGUUUGGACGGAUUGGUCAGAUUGGACUGAAUGUACUCACUCAUGUGGAGGAGGACAGAGGAAGAAGGUUCGAGAUUGUAUUCUGCCUAAAGCUGAGUCUGCAGGAUGUGAAGGGGAAAAGGAGGUGAUAGAGUCCUGCAACACGAAUAAUUGUCCAGACUGGACUCCCUGGACGGAUUGGACUCCUUGUACCAAGUCCUGCGGCGAAGGAUCCAAAACACGUGGUAGAGAAUGUUUAAUCCCUGCUGAUAGAUCUGGAGUUCAAGGCUGUCAAGGGGAAAGUUUAGAGACUAUGAAGUGUAACAUCCAGAGCUGUCCAAUAUGGACUGAUUGGAGUGAAUGGGGUAGCUGCAGUGUAAGCUGUGGAGGAGGGGAGCAGAGUAGGAACCGAGAAUGUGUUCUUCCUAAGGAUGCUGCUGGCUGCAUUGGAGACCCAACAGAAACAAGAGCUUGUAAUAAGGAUGUCUGCCCUGUCUGGACUGAUUGGACCGACUGGACAGUCUGCUCAGCUAGCUGUGGUGGUGGAACAAGGACCAAGGUGCGAGAAUGUAUUUUGCCUGAUGUUCGAGGAGCUCCUCAAUGUCCCGGACCAGACAAGCUUACAGAAUCCUGUAAUGAAAAGUCAUGUCCAGUUUUGACCCCGUGGGGAGAGUGGACUGAGUGCUCUGCAACAUGCGGUGGUGGAAAGAGGUUCAAAAGGCGUGAAUGUAUUGACCCAAAGAGUGGAGAAAAGAAUGACUGCUUGGCAGAAUUAGAGCUUGAAGAGGAGUGUAAUAUCCAGCCAUGUCCAGAGUUAGGUCCUUGGUCUGACUGGACUACUUGCACUAAGAGCUGUGGUGGUGGAACACGGAAAAAGGUCAGAGAAUGUGUUCAACCACGAAGUGUAUCAGGCUGUGUAGGAGAGACAGAAGAUGAGGAGGAUUGUAAUUUACAGGAUUGUCCGAUCUGGACUGAAUGGACAGAAUGGACAGAUUGCAGUGUAACUUGUGGUGGAGGUAGUCAAAAAAGAUCUAGAGAUUGUGUUCUACCAGAUAGCAGAGCUUUUCUCUGCUCAGGAGACGAUUCAGAGGAAAGAGAAUGUAACUCUCAAACAUGCCCCGACUGGACAGAAUGGACGGACUGGGGAUCUUGCACCAAAUCCUGUGGUGGAGGAACUAGAACUAAGCUCAGAGAAUGUGUUCUUACUCGUGGACUAGAAUGCUCAGGAGAAAGCAAAGCUGUAGAAUCUUGCAAUACACAAUCUUGUCCUGUGUGGACGGAUUGGACAGACUGGACUCAGUGCACCAAGAGCUGUGGUGGGGGAACAAGAACAAAAGUAAGAGAAUGUGUCCUUCCAAAAGCAGCAGGCGAAUGCCCAGGCGAUGCGUCUACCACUGAGUCAUGUAACGAAGACAAGUGUCCUGCCUGGACCAAUUGGUCUGAAUGGACGGAAUGCUCAGUCACGUGUGGAGGGGGGUCACGUCGGCGCACAAGAGACUGUGUCGAGAGAUCUGGGGACGGGUGCACGGGCGAAAAUGAGGAAAACGAGGAGUGUAAUAUGCAAGGUUGUCCUGGCUGGAGUCCCUGGACGGAUUGGACCAACUGUACUGCUCCUUGUGGUGGAGGGUUUAGAGAGAGAGAGCGACAAUGUCUGGUUGAUGGUGUCAGGUGCAUCUGUGAAGAGGAGAAGCUCUGUGUCGGAAACUUUAAGGAAGGAGAGACGUGUAAUGAGGAGCAGUGUCCAGAAUGGACUAGUUGGACUACCUGGUCCUCAUGUUCUGUUACAUGUGGUCCUGGAUCACAGUCUAGAACAAGGAAAUGCCGCGGACUAGGAGAGUGUUCAGGUGAUGGGGAGGAGGUGAGGGAUUGUAAGGAUAGAACGUGUGUAUCCUGGAGUACCUGGAGCACCUGGUCAACCUGCUCAUCAACGUGUGGAUCUGGCUUGAAAGAAAGAAGAAGAACCUGUGGUCCUGCUGUUAGAUAUUUAGACUCCUGUCCAGGAGAAGAAAGCGAACAAGAAGACUGCAGUUCAGGUCCUUGUUCAAGCUGGAAACCAUGGGGCUCUUGGUCUCCUUGUUCAGCAACAUGUGGAACAGGAUCCCGGAGCAGGAACCGAGAAUGUUCUACGGACGCGGAUACAAGGAGUGGAAGUGCAGUUCCUCCCUGUGUAGGAGAAGGAGAGGAACAGGAAAUGUGCCAAACCAAACCAUGCCAAGGUUGGAGUGACUGGAGUAGCUGGAGUGAAUGCACAGUGAGUUGUGGAGGGGGGUCUAGAAGAAGGGAUAGAACUUGUGAAAUAACAAAUAAUAGACUAGGGUUGUUGACUUCCCCCUGUCCUGGGCCAAACCAGGAUUCUGAAGAAUGCAAUAAACAACAAUGUUCAACCACGACAACAACAACAACACAGGCUCCAAGUGUAGAUUGUGGAAACAUAAAAGUUCCAAGUCAGUUUCUAGCCUUCAACAACAAACCAGCAGUAAAUAUAGCUGAUUGCUCCUGGGACUAUUUUGGUUGUACAAACAGAUAUGGAAGCUGGCCAAACAAUAAGGACUGCUGCAUGUCUAGAUAUAAAGCGUGUUGUAUGCAGGUGAUGGGGAUGACACCUCCACCAAGUACAACAACAACAACCAUCGGAAGUAUUGGAUAUGGCCCUGAGAUAGAUAUUGAUCUUGAUAUCAAUAUUGGUACCAUUGAGAACCCAAUAGAUGACAUAGACCUUGGAAGCGGAACUGGAGUGUUUAGACCGGAAACAGCUGCACUUGUAGCUGAGAAUGAGGACGACCAGGAGUUUGAAAGCCUGAGUAACAAUUUUAUUUCCACCAACCUUGAUUCAGAAGAAUAUAUAGAUCCUGCAGACGCAUGCGCUGCAGCUGGAUUAGAUCUUUUUGGUCAACUUCUACCCCAUCCUACAGAUUGUACCAGGUUUCUCUCAUGUCAGAAGGCUGAUGAAACUCACUGGAUUGGUAAUGAGAUGAAGUGUCCUGAUGGAACCGGGUUCGAUCCUAGUCUCCGUUCAUGUAACUAUCUGGCGUACAUUAAACGAUGUAGAACAGGGAGACGGGCAAGAAUACUGCAAGGGUUCUAACCACAUGGCUAAGAGCUUACCAUUACCACCUUGCUCAGCUGGAAAUAGACUAAAUUUUGCGUUCGUUAAUCUUAUUUGUUUUUGACCAACGUAAAAGCAUAUAAAGUGGUAUGAAACGUUGAUGCCUGAAAAAUGACAUAAUUAAGCUUUCAAUACAUGUCUGCCAUUUUAUAACUGGUUUAAGAAACAUAUCAUAUUGUCCAUUGGAUUUAUUUUUGCUCAUAGCUUUAAAUAUUUAACGUUAAAGAAAGUUUGAGUAGAACUACAAAAAAUGAACAACUUUUUUAAACAAAAACUUACUAAUAUUUACUUAAACUUUCUUUAAAGUUAUGUAACUUAAUUUAGUUAGAUUUUUAAUCGGCUUUAUUUGUUAUUAAAUGAAUGUAUCUACAAAAAAAAUAAUGCUUCCAUUUUGUAUGAAUCAACAUUUGUAUUAUAUAAGAGGGAUCUUGGUGAAGGAACGAUAAUGUUACAAAUAUAAAUAAAGAUAUAUAACUC